CCCCGGUCGGUGCGGACGGGCCGGGGCCGCCCCGGGAGCGGCGGAGCCUCGGCCGGGCCCCGCGGGGUCUAUGGGGAAGGCAGCCGCGCUCUGCGCCGGCGGCACCCGCGGGCUGGUCUCGCUCCUCAGCGCCGUCCCCUGCCUGGCUUGCCACGAGCUGCCGGCCAUGAACGCCGAUCCGGGUGGCCGCGGCGGCGGGGGCCCGGCGGGGGGGCCGCCCGCCGCUCCCCCGGGCUCCGACACCUACAAGGGGUGGCUCUUCAAGUGGACCAACUACCUGAAGGGCUACCAGCGCCGCUGGUUCGUGCUCAGCAAUGGGCUGCUCAGCUACUACAGGUCUUCUGCAACUGUCAGGAGUGGUGGCUCUUCUUGGAAGCGCUUGAAAAAUACACCGGUCCCAGUUUGGAAGAUGGGUUGCAGACAUCCAGGCUGGAAUUGUUCCUUGACACAGGCAGAGAUGGCCCACACGUGCCGGGGCACCAUCAACCUGUCCACAGCCCACAUCGACACCGAGGACUCGUGCAACAUCGUGCUGUCCAACGGGGGCAGGACCUACCACCUGAAGGCCAACUCGGAGGUGGAGAGGCAGCGCUGGGUCACGGCCCUGGAGCUGGCCAAGGCCAAGGCCAUCCGCAUGCGCAACAACCAGUCAGAUGACUCGGGUGACGAGGAGCCCGCCUCGCAGUCAGACAAGAGCGAGCUGCACGGCCCCCUGAAGACGCUGUCGAGUAAGCUGGAGGACCUGAGCACCUGCAACGAGCUGAUCGCCAAGCACGGCGCGGCCCUGCAGCGCUCGCUCAGCGAGCUGGAGAACCUGCGCCUGCCGGCCGACAGCGGCGAGAAGAUCAAGGCGGUGAACGAGCGCGCCACGCUCUUCCGGAUCACCUCCAAUGCUAUGAUCAACGCCUGCCGCGAUUUCCUGGAGCUGGCCGAGAGCCACAGCCGGCGAUGGCAGCGGCUGCUGCAGCAUGAGCGGGAGCAGCGCUCCCGGCUGGAGGAGACCAUCGAGCAGCUGGCCAAGCAGCACAACAGCCUGGAGAGAGCCUGCCGCGGGGCGCCGGGGCUGGGCACGGGCAGCGCCGGCAGCGGCGCCGGCAAGGCAGGGAGUGUGCAGUCUGCCAAAGGAGAGGCCAGUGAUGAAGAUGAGGAGACAGAGUACUUUGAUGCCAUGGAGGAUGCCCCAGCUUUUAUCACUGUAACUGCAGACCCCAAGCACCACAGGCGGUCAGGCAGCAACCUGAGCGGGGCCAGCGAGGGCCACCCCGAGGACUGGAACCUGGAGGACAGUGUCUUUGAGAGCUCCAACCAGAGCAGCUACAGUGAGACCCCGGGCAGGGACCUGCUGCCCAGGAGGAGGAGGAGGAGUCGCAUUCCCGACAAACCCAACUACAGCCUUAACCUCUGGAGCAUCAUGAAGAACUGCAUUGGCAAGGAGCUCUCCAAGAUCCCCAUGCCUGUGAAUUUCAACGAGCCCCUGUCCAUGCUGCAGCGGCUGACCGAGGACCUGGAGUACCACGAGCUGCUGGACAAGGCAGUCAAGUGCGAGAGCUCCACGGAGCAGAUGUGCUUUGUGGCCGCCUUCUCCGUGUCCUCCUACUCCACCACGGUGCACAGAACUGCCAAGCCCUUCAACCCCCUGCUGGGGGAAACCUACGAGCUGGACCGGCUGGAGGAGCUGGGCUUCCGAUCGCUGUGUGAGCAGGUGAGCCACCACCCCCCUGCAGCUGCCCACCACGUGUACUCCAGGAGAGGGUGGACACUGUGGCAGGAGAUCACCAUUGCCAGCAAGUUCAGGGGCAAAUACCUCUCCAUCAUGCCACUGGGAGCCAUCCACCUGGAGUUCCACUCCAGUGGGAAUCACUAUGUCUGGAGGAAAGUCACCUCCACUGUGCACAACAUCAUCGUGGGCAAGCUCUGGAUCGACCAGUCUGGUGAAAUAGAGAUUGUUAACCAUAAGUCCAAAGAUAAAUGCCAGCUGAAAUUUACCCCCUACAGCUACUUCUCCAGGGAUGUUCCCCGCAAGGUGACAGGGGUGGUGAGUGAUGCCGAGGGCAAAGCCCACUAUGUCAUGUCUGGCACGUGGGAUGAGAAGAUGGAGUGCUCCAAGAUCAUCCACAGCAGCCAUGGCAGCACCAGCAGCGAGGGCAAGCAGAAAACUGUGUACCAGACACUGUCCCCAAAGGUCCUGUGGAGGAAAUACCCCCUGCCGGACAACGCAGAGAACAUGUAUUUCUUCUCGGCGCUGGCGCUGACGCUGAACGAGCCCGAGGAGCGCGUGGCUCCCACCGACAGCCGCCUGCGGCCCGACCAGCGGCUCAUGGAGAGCGGCCGCUGGGACGAGGCCAACGCCGAGAAGCAGCGGCUGGAGGAGAAGCAGAGAGCCGUGCGCCGGCGCAGGGAGGCCGAGGCUGCCGAGGCCCUGGAGGAGGGGAAGGACUACGAGGGGUACACCCCGCUGUGGUUCGAGCGCAAGGCGGACGCGCUCACCGGGGAGCUGCUCUGCGUCUACAAGGGCGGCUACUGGGAGGCCAAGGACAGGCAGGACUGGAGCCUGUGCCCUGACAUCUUCUGAGCCCCUGCUCCAGGGACACCUGGGACACCUGGGACACCUCUGGGACACCUGGGACACGGCACAGCCCGAGGGACAGGAGGACACGCUGCCAGCGUCCUGCGGGCCGACAGCACAGGGAUUCCAAACCUAUUUUUUUAUGCACUAAUAAAUAGCACCCUUUUUUUUUUUUUUUUUUUUUUUUUUUUUGGGGUUUGGUUUUGUUUUUAAUGAUGGCUUUUGCAGAGCCUGCUUAGGAGUGAGGACACGUGGAGCUGGGUUGGGUUUAGGAUGCUCAUCUCUGUCUCAGCUCUGCCGGCCGAGACGUCGACUUCCAAAGAUGUCCAGGAUGUGGGAAUGCUGUGCUUGUGUGAGCUCUUCUCUUUGCCAUUUUUAUUUUUUUUUUGGUUUUUUUUGGGACCCCAUUUCUGUGUGGACUUGAUGGAAUUAUUUUUUUAAAAAAACAAAUCCUGCUCCUGGUUCAGGUUUCCUUCAAGGACGGACACAAACAACUCUGCUUGGAAAGCUGUGCCCAGGAGCGUGGUGGCACUUGAUCCUGGAGGUUCCACAGUGCCCAGUCAUCCCAGUAACACCAAGUGGGAUGGUGACUUUGGGGGUUUUGACCUGGUUUUUGUUCUUUUCAAGAGCGUUGGAGGUGCUUCCCCACAGUCUGAUGUGUUCAGGCAAAGCUUGGGCCUGUCUGUGUCGUGUGGGAGUGUUUGAGUGAGGUUUGCUUUGGUUUUCCUGCAACCACGUCCAAAGGGGGAAAUGGCCCCAGCAAGGCUGGAAUGCCAGGCUGAUGCAGGGAAGAGUUUUCAUCCCAGUGAUGCUCCUGGCUCCAUGUCCCUGUACACAGGGGCUGGGUCUCAAUCCCAGCUUCUCCUUCGGUGUCUCCCUGCUGAGCUGUGCCUGGUGCCACAGGGAGAGGAGGGGAGAGGUGCCACAGGGAGAGGAGGGCAGAGGUGCCACAGGGAGAGGAGGGCAGAGGUGCCACAGGGAGAGGAGGGCAGAGGUGCCAUGGUGCUGCUGGGAUGGAGCCUUGGUCCCGUUCAGCCACACAAGCCUGGCCACAGGCUGAGGCUGGAGGGUCCCUGCAUCCCAGCAGCUGCUCCCAGCUGCCAGCCCUCUCCUCCCUCAUCCUGGGCUCUCCCUGGAGCAGCUGCAGUUUUUCAGGCCCCCUCAACCCUCCUGGGUGCCAUCACCCUGCCUGGCCCUGGGUGCACUGGGAGAAGUGGGCACUGCUGGAGACAGGUGAGGACUGGGAGCACUGAGGGGAAGCAGGAGGUGGCAGCAUCCCAGAGAUGGGAUCUGCUGGGCCAGGGAACACCUGGAGACGUGCGCUGGCCCUGCUGGAUCUCGUUUUUGCUGUCUCCUCCUCUGGCUCUCCAUCAUAUCACACUGACCCUGCCUCCGAGCUGGGCCUGUCACACCCAGUGGGAAUUAAUUAGCAAUAACGAAUCUUGAGGCAAUGGUAACUGGAAUUUCCAGGCUGCACACGGGACACUUAUGCAAUCAGGUUCCUCAUCCAUCACUCCUGCUCAGCUUCCAGCACUUCCAUUCCUGUGAUCCCACAGUGACAGUCCCGGCCGGCGUCACCAGGGCAGCCCCCACUGCUCUCACUGCACCCUUGCAUCUUAUUUAUUUGCUUCUAAUUUAUACAUAUAUAUAUAUAUAAAUAUAUAUAAAAUUAUUUUGCUUAAAUUUCUAUGGUACACAAUAGAUGUAAAAUGAUGAAGACAGAAGUGUCUGUCUGAGUUUUUACAGCACGAGUACGAUUCCCCUCGGCUCGUCCCCGAGCUGAUAGUGAUGGAAUGAUUGCCACUGCAGGGAAGUCACUUUGCUCCAAAGCUGGAUUCUGUAGCGUGGAAAAGGUGUUCCAGAGGCAUUCCCACCUGGAAACCGUGUGUUAGGGGCUGGAGGAGCAGCACUAGGCAUUCCUGGGAGUGGGAUGCUCCCACUGCUUCCCAGUGUCCCAGGAGUUGCAGCAGCUGCUCCCGAGUGUUCACUCCUUCCUGGAGCUUUGCCCUGGCUCGGGAAGCUGAUGUGAAAUGAUGCAGGCUGGGAUGUGGCCUGUGCAGAGCUGGCCCCAGGUGUGCUGCCCUCUGGUCCCUGCUGCUGCUGCCUCGGGCUGUGGCAGCUCCGGAGUGUCCCGGGGGAUUCGUCCCCGAGGGCUGAACUGGAGCUCUCAGAAUGCCUUAUUCUCCUUUUUGCUGUGUCAAUGCAAGGGUCACUGGGAGCCUGGAGCAGGGGGAGGCUCCAGCACAGGCUGUUCCCGGCUGGAUUGGAGUGUUCCCAGCUGGGGCAGGGCAGGGAGGGGAUGCUGCUCCCCAGGCGCUGGCACCGAGGGUCCUGCUGGGCUCUGCUGUGUGGGAGCCCCUAUCACAGACCCUGCACAGCUCCACAAGGAGCACCCCAACCCAGGAAUCCCCUGGAUUUUAGGCUAAUGGAAAAAAAUGCUCCAUCUUCCAGAGAUCAUCUUAUCAGCAGCACUUAACCAGAGCACCAUCUCCUGGUCCUUCUGUUCCUCCUCGAGGAUUUUAAUGUCAUUCCACUAUAAAUGCUGUUGAAUGUAUUUUCUUUUUGAACAAUAAUAUAUUGUGAGUGAUCCCUCUUCUCCUACACGGAAAUAAAACUUGGAUUCGGGAGUUUUAGAA